AUGACGCAUAAUUCUGACCCGGUUCAGGCUUCAUAUAGCCAGAUUGCUUAUAUCGGCACUGGCCUAAGUGCGAUUGCCCUUGGGGCGACACUCAAGCGAUGGUAUGAUAUGGAUGAUGUGCAUUUCUUUGAGCGGCAUAGAGACUGCGGAGAGACUUGGCAUAUCAGUUCAUACCCUGCUGAAUAUAAAUUCUGUUCCCGAUGUGGCUGCGAUGUUCCGAAUGCGCUCUACAUCUUCUCAUUCGCUUUGAGCUCUCGAUGGACCAAGCUCAUGCCUUCGAACAAAGAGAUCAAAUCUUACCAUGACAACGUGGUGCACCAAUACGGCCUUCGCGAUAAAAUGACCUUUUCCACCGAGGUCCAAGAAUCUGUUUGGCGUGAAGACGCCUCCCGGUGGUUCAUGAAGUUACGCAAUGUGAUAACAGGUGAAGUGACUUACCACGAAGCUCAGAUACUUUUUGCAGCCACUGAGCAACUUGUGGAGCCUAAGGCUUGUGAUAUUCCUGGAGCUCAGUCAUUCAACGGCUCCCUAUUCAACUCCGCAAAAUGGGAUCAUAGUGUGAAUUUGGAGGGCAAGAAUGUGGUUGUCAUUGGGAAUGUAUGCACUGCUGCCCAGAUCGUGCCAGCCAUCGUGGAACGUACCAAGAGCUUGACCCAGAUCGUCCGGAGCAAGCACUGGGUGUUUCCAGCUCCUAAAUCUACGUACCCAAGAGUUUUGCAGUGGGUUUUCACCUAUGUCCCGCUAGCUAUGCGCCUCCACCGUUUUCACAUCUUUUUAAUCGCCGAAAAGGACUUCCGACUAUUUCCAAUGACUAAGUCUGCAGCUAGACUUCGUGAAAAGCACCGACAGAAGGUCGAGAAGUAUAUGCGAGAAACUGCUCCAACCAAAUACCACGACACUCUUAUUCCAGACUUUGAUGUGGGAUGCAAGCGGCGAAUUUUUGAUGGCGGGUACCUCAAAUCACUUCACAACGAUAAGCUAAAUCUCACCCAAAAGAAAAUCACCGAAAUCCUACCGGAUGGUAUCAAUACAACGAAUGGAUUCUAUCCUGCUGACGUAAUUGUGCUGGCGACCGGAUUCCUCACGAACACAUUUCUGCCAUAUACUCAGAUUCGGGGCUCGGAGGGUACUGUCACAGAACAUUGGGAUCGGUAUGAUGGCCCAGGAGCCUACAACUGCUCGGCGAUGAGUGGAUUCCCAAAUUUCUUCCUGUCACUCGGACCAAAUGCCGCAACAGGGCAUACAUCUGCAUUGAUGGCGGCUGAAAACUCUGUGAACUACGCUCUUCGGGUUCUUAGACCCGUCUUGAAUGGCGAGGCUGCUUCGAUAAACCUGAAGCAGGAAGCCGAAGAUAGUUAUAUCUACCGAGUUCAAGAAACUCCUCGAAACCGUGUUUGGAAUGCAGGAUGUGCUUCGUGGUACCUGAAUGAGAAAAAGUGGAAUGCAAUGGCAUACCCUUGGACGCAGGCACAUUUCUGGUGGCGCAGCUUAUUCCCCACUUGGUCGGAUUGGACAUCAAAAUUGAUUCAAAAGCCUGGUAGUCGAAGAGUAGGCCUGAAAUUUGCGAUGGUGUGGAUUCUGGCGGUUGGCGUUGCUAUUACUACUCAUUCUCAGAGCCCACUGUUCUGGUCAACCGCUUGGGGUAGAUUGCUUCAAGUAAUUGGUUUAAGUGUUUAG